GCCGACCCGAGUCGCAAACCGGUAUCGGUUUAGUGAAUAACGCCUGUUCCGCGCAAGAGGGAAUUGGAAAGCCACCGCGACUUUUCCCUUUCGACGUGCUCGAUCCGAUCGAUCGCGAGGGUUCGGAGAUUUGGAGACCUUCCUGGUUUUGAUGUCGACCUUGAAUUCCCUCUUCAACCGGGCCUCCUUGGGCACCAGAUGCAAAACUUGCUUGAAUUUGGCUAUUUCACGUAUAAAAUUGCUACGAAAUAAAAGAGAGUUGCAGCUCAAACAAAUGCAUAAAGAGAUCGCUCAGUAUAUUCAGACCGGUCAGGAAGCCAUAGCGCGAAUUAGAGUGGAGUAUAUUAUCCGGGAACAAAAUAUACUGGCUGCUUAUGAGAUCAUAGAACUAUUUUGUGAAUUUGUCCUUGCGCGUGUUCCAAUUCUUGAAGCACAAAGGGAUUGCCCAAUAGAAUUGCAAGAGGCUGUGGCCACUAUCAUUUUUGCUUCACCCAGAUGUUCUGAUUUGCCAGAAUUAUUACACUUAAGGAACUUAUUUUCUACAAAAUAUGGAAAGGAGUUUGUUGCAGCAGCAUCUGAGUUGCGGCCGGAAAGCAAUGUUAAUCGCACGAUAAUUGAGAAACUUUCAGUGAAAGCCCCGCCUGCCGAGCUGAAGAUUAAGGUUUUGAAAGUGAUCGCUCAAGAGUACAAUCUUGAUUGGGAUUCAUCAAGCACUGAAGCAGAGCUUAGUAAAAAACAUGAAGACUUACUGGGUGGUCUGAAUCCUACAAAUUCACAAGGAUUGAUUGAGAGAUCAUCUGUUACUUCGCCGAAGGAAGGAGUUCCCACAUCCACUGCCCUAGAGGACCAAAAUGAUCGACUGACCCAGUCCCUGACCCGUCAGGUCAGUAACACACCCAACCUCUCCACUCAAACGAGCAAAGUCUCUUCAGCAGAUGCUGUGUCGGUGGAUGUUGCAAAUAGUCAAAUUGAAGCGCUAUCGAUAAAUGAAAAAUCACAAUCCACUCAAAGCUCAUCCGAUAUCCUGGAGAGAGCUCGAGCUGCAAUUGCUUCCGCCGAGCGUGCAUCUGCAGCUGCACGGGCAGCAGCUGAGCUUGUAAAGGCCAAAUUGCCAUGCUAAUCCAGCAAUUUAAGCCAUGAUGCGGCUGUUGUUUACAGGACUAUUCCUACAAGUGAAUGUGCUUGCCUGAAUGGAGUGAUGUUUAUAUUGCUUUCAUUGAUAAAUUAGACAUGAGAGAGAUGGCCAUGUCUUAAGAUCUUCUUAACAUUGUGAGUGUAGUGAUAUUGCAAUGCAGUAUUAUAAUGUGGCUUUCCCGGU